CCACUGCUUCCUCUGUCAUUGUAGGCAUAACUAUUCAGAGCAGAGGAGCUGGUUUGGCUACAUUAUCUCACCUUUUCAUAGCAGUACUUCACUGUGAGCAGGAAUGCAGCAUGGUUUGCGCAAGAGCAUUCGGUUUAUGAUCACAAACUUAUCUUUCACUCAGAAACAUGAAAAUUGGGCAUGAAGUUGCCGGAACCCUCUAAUAACAGUAGCCUAAAAGAGUUGUGAAAAUAAUUCAACUGCCACUGCAACAUCUUGGACUACAGAGCUCCCCAAAGUAGAGGGAAACAUGGACAAUAAAGGAUCAGAGAAGAAGAAAGAGGGAGAAGGGUCAAAAAAGUCUCCAUUUGAUCUGAUCUUCAGCCAGAUACAAAGGAAAAAGUCGGACAAAGGAAAAAGCAGUAUAUUCCAGGUGAAGAGUUUCUUCAAAGGCUUUGAUAAGGAUGCGGCAAAGAUGGAGAAUGAAAAGAAUGAAGAGGAACUUAACCAGAAGUCUAUAUCUGAAAAUCAAAAGUCAGACAGUGUGGUUGAUGGUGCUAAAGAUGAAGAGGAUUCAGACACCUCUGGAUGGUGGAAAGUGACACAUUUUAUGGAAAAAUUUGGGAAGAAAGCAGAUAUCCACUACAUGGACCUGAAUAACUGUGAACUGACAGCUGUUGACAUAAAAAAGCUUGGUUCACUGAUGCCAUUUCUCCUAGACAUUGAAGAGAUUAAUCUUUCUUGGAAUGAUUUGAUUGGUGGGUCUUUAAAAUAUAUGACUCCACACUUUAAUCAUGUAAGCAGACUAAGGAUACUCAACUUAAGCAACUGUGGUCUCACAGGUGACGAUAGUGCUGUUUUAGGUGAAUCACUCCAGUACAUACCUAAAUUGCAAAUUCUGGACUUAUCAUGGAACAAUAACUUAGGUGGGACCCUAUCUAGACUAGCACAGCAUCUAGCAGAUAAUUGUGAAAUAAAGACGUUGAGUUUAACAGAGUGUAGCCUUACAGCAGAAGAUAUUGAAUCACUAGCACCCGUUAUUGGCAAAAUGACAAGGCUGGAAAUAUUGGACCUUUCAGAAAACAAAGAACUUGGAAGUAAAAUCAAGAAUCUUACUGAAGAACUCAAACACUGCUCAUGCUUAAAUGUGUUAAAACUCCGCUCCACUGGUUUACAUCAGGACACUGUACAGUAUCUGAGUUCUGCCUUCCAGUAUUGGCCAUAUUUAAGAAAGUUGGAUCUUUCCUGCAAUAAGACAGCUGGGGGAGGAUUCGGAGAAUCAGCAGUUUGUCUAACCGCUUUCAAACAGUUGGAACUACUUGACAUUCACCAGUGCUGUCUUUCUGGAGAUGAUGUUACCGCACUAACCCAGGUCAUCCCCCUGCUGUCCAAUCUUCAAGCGUUGGACAUAUCUUCGAAUAAAACUGUAGGACUUUCUCAGGAGCACCUCUUCAGCCGAUUGCGUUUCCUGCCAAAGCUUAAAUCUGUCAAUGUCAGCAACUGCAUGCUAAAGAAAGAAUCCUUUGCAGGACUGGCUGAAGCCACACGCUAUCUAACAGACCUGCAAAUGUUGGACCUAUCAUGGAAUAAGUGUAUUGGAGGAAAUCUGAAACUACUUACGGAAACUCUGCACAGUGCUAAUUCUCUCCAGAGUCUGUUACUGAGCAGUUGCAACCUGGUUACACAGGACCUGGCAGUAUUAGCAUCAGCAGCACAAGCCAGUCAUCUGGACAGCUUACAACAAUUGGACCUCGCCUACAAUGACACUGUACCUGAUGAAGGCUGGUCCUUAUUGUUUGAGAGUGUCCCUGCUCUGAAGAACAUAACUGAACUAGAUAUUAGCUUACGGCCUGCUUCCACCCGUAAUUGUGGUCCAUGGUUCAUUCACCUAUUGUCCAACAUACCAAAGUUGCCUAUGUUGAAAGAGCUUGGUAUGCAGCGCUGGGCACUAUCCACAGCGGAACAACAGCAACUGAACAGGAUCCACAGGGAGAAUAACAUCAGCAUUCACUUUGACUGAUUAAAAAGCUAGAUUUUCUCCAUUUUAUUCCUUCUGGGAUGGAAGAGAGAUGGAUGAACUAACACUUGCAUGCACUCCACCUACUUGUAUUCCUUCUGUAGCUAUUUCACAAUUGCACAAUUACGGCAAGGCACUAAAACUGUACUUCAUUUUGCUGACGUAGUCAUUUGUGUGAGGCUUCAA